CCUUGAACGUUACAGAAGUGCAUGUUGCAGAGCAUACCGGAGCUUUACUGAACAAACAGCUGCACAACAGACGUCUGGAGCGAAACACGACAUGGUCUGCUGAGAUGGAGGUGAGGUGGCCAUGAGUGAGAACAACCCCUGUCUGUGGUCGCAGCUCCCUCAGAGCGGCCGGGCCCCAGGCGAUCGCUACAAACACGCCUGCUGCAGCUACGAAGGAUGCGUGUUCAUGCUGGGAGGACGAGACAGCAGCUCCCGGAGGGACUUCUGGAGGUACAGUGUCGUUUGUAAUGAAUGGACGGAGUUGACCUGCAGCAGCGAAGCUGCACCAGAGGAGCUGGAGCAGCACACUAUGGUGGCUCAUGAGGGGUUCCUGUAUGUGUUUGGAGGCAUGUUGGAUUCUGCGUACACCCAGUGCAGAUGUGCCCUCUGGGUGUUCGACAUCGCCAAGCAGAAGUGGGUUCCCUGCCAGGGGAAGACGAGCCCUCAGCUGCUGAUGCCCACCAACAGAAAAGGCCACAGUGCUGUGGUGCUCGGCUCUGCCAUGCUGGUGUACGGCGGCUUUGUAGACAUCAAAGGACCCUCGCAGGAAUUCUGGACUCUGAACUUUGACUCUAUGACUUGGUCCCUCCUCAGCGGCCCUCAGCGGGGCUCCUCUGGCCCCGGGCCCCGACACGGCCACUCUUCAGCCGUCUACCAGAGCUGCAUGUACGUUUUUGGUGGGUUGAAGGGUCUGCGGGAGCAGAGAGACUUCUGGAAGUGGAGUUGCAGCAACCACACGUGGACGUCGCUGAGAAACAAGUCUGGACCUCCAAGGCUGGUGGGCCACUCGGCCGUCACCUACAAAGACAGCAUGCUGGUCUUCGGAGGCGGUGAGAGCCAGAACUCUCCAAACUGCUGCUUAUGGAGAUACUGUUUCAGCUCUCAGACCUGGACCAAGGUCGCCGCGCUCCCAGGCUCCUCCCCUCCAGACAAAAUUCACCACUGCUGCGCAGGGCUGGGUCCCAGCUACACGUCCAGCACCGACGGACCCUGUUCUGGUCCGGGACUCCAGACCGAGGCACUGGACAGGAAAUCCAAGGCCUUUAACAACAAGUGCUACCCUGCACCACAGACUUUUCUGGGCUCAGAAGGCGCAAUAGAGCUGGAGACGUUCAGCCCAGACAAGAGCUACAGACACAGGAACCGCCCUUCAGAACCGGACCACAGGAGUGACCCGAAGCUGAUGGGAAGCUGCCUGACGUUUGAGAACAAAGGUUUCAGGAAGCAGCUGAGCUUGACGGGGGAGCUGAUGGAUGGGGAGGAUGGAGAUAUCAGCGAUCAUCUGCCUGAUCUGAUGCUGGUGUUGGGGGGGAGACCGCACUCCAGACACAGUCCCAUCUCCACCUGGCAGAUGACCCUGACGGACUCGUAGCACUUUGUAACCAAUACACCCCACGCGUAUCAGUGCAGAAACAAGUGUGUUAAAAGGGUUUCUGACAGCCUGUAAAUAAGAAAAUACUCAUUUAUUUUGAUACUUUUCUAAAUUCAUGAUGUUUUCAUGUGAAUUUAUACAUUUCACACCUUUUUGAAGGACGCAAGUAUUUGUAAGUAAUGAUGCACAGUCAUUGAAAUGAAAUAUCAAAUCAUCUGAUCCCAGCAGGUCUUAAUAUUAGAUGAUCAACAGGCUUGAUUGGUUUAUACAGUAUGUCAUCGCUCUCAUGCACAUGUGCUGCUGCGUUUGGAACCACUUCCUGUUGAAAACGAGCCCAAACCAUGACUCCUCCACCACCGUGCUUGGCAGUGGGUCUGAGGAGUUUCUGCUGAGCUGCUGUAUUUGAUUUUCUCCAAACAGUGUUAUGGACCAAACAUCUCCCCUCUGGUCUAAUCUGUCCAGAGGAAGAGAAACACUUCAUACCCCUGUGAGGCGCAGUGGUGGAGGGCUGAGGGUUUGGACGUCAUCCAUCAGUCAUUAACAUACCUGCUGAGGCCUGGAGGCUCUAAGAUGGUUUUCUUUUUGAGCUUUGCCUUUACUGAGACGUCCACUCCUGGAAGACAACUUUCUGGAGUGUUUUCUUCCUCGCUGCAGAACGUUGAUCUCGGAAUCGCUAAGAAACACCUUUAUGACCCCGUCUAAACUAACAUGUAGUUACAGUUUGCUGAUGUCUUUCCCUCUUGGGAUUGGCAAAAUAAACACAGGAUGAAAAAUGAGUGGGUACUAACUUCUGUACUCACUGUAUUUAAAGAACACUUGAACAUCCAUUUUACACAGAUGGACGUAUAGAAACAUCUGAACUGCUACUUUCAUUUACUGUCACCUGCCAGGUCGGAUACUCCUCCCAGAACCAAACUGAUGUGAAACCCGGCGGGACUUAAAAUGAUCCGCGCACAAUUUUAAUACCAAUAAAUAAAGAUUGUGAGUGAGUCAGAAGGUUCAGAGUUGUUUUCUGCGGCAGGUUGCUGGUUCAAGUCCAUGUUUUAGUUUCCUUGGCUAAAACUUGAACCGUACUGGUACAGUUCUUAUUCUGUAAAAGCAUUAAAGUGGUCAGCAAGACCAGAAGAA